GGCACCUUGAGUAAGUUCCUGAAUGAAUUUUAAUUUGAUGACAAGUGUCAAAAAUUUCCUAAAAGAAUUUUAAAUAAAUCUUAUCAAAUACUUUUAACAAGAAUGUAAUUUAUUUCUUCAACACAAAUAGAUAUAAAAAAAAAUGCGAUUUUUAAAAGGAAACCAGUGUGAAAAUAAUUAAAAGGAAAAUUUUGACCAAUAUUCAUAGAAGAGGAAAAAAAUGAAAAUUUAUUAUUGUGGCUUAAAUGCCAGUACUUUAUUUUUUAACGACACGGGAGUAAUUGUAAUUCUCGAUAAGAUAACAAGAGUACCAUUUCCGGAAACUAUCAAUAUGGAAAUUGGCUGGAAUUAUAUUUUACUCUUACAAAAUGAAGAUUUAUUUAUUUCUGGAAUAUUGGAUACUAAACAAGAGGAAAGUCCUAAAAAAUUAACGAUACCUGAUGAAUCAUCUGGAAGGAUAAAAUUUGCAUUAGCUGGAAAAGAAAAUGUGACAAUUUUAACAACAAAAAAUAAUUUAUGGCAGUACAAUUUGUAUGAGAAAAUUUGGAAAAAAGUCAAUAAAUUUAUUUCAAUUUGUGAAGAUACCGAUGAAGAGUACAUUGUGAAAAUUGACGGAGAAAGAUCUGUGGUUGCAUUGACAAAUUUUGGUCGUGUUUUUAAUAUUCCUGUUGUCGUUGAAAUGGAGAAUAGGAUAAAAUUUAUCGAUGUGGCAUGUGGAUUUGAUCAUACAAUUUUAUUGGCAGAAAAUGGAGAUAUUUAUUCAAUGGGAUUGGGAACUCGCGGUCAGUUGGGACAUGGAGAUUUGGAAGACUGCGAUAAUCCAAAAAUUAUUGAAGCCCUCGCAGGAAUAAAAGUUUCUCAAAUUUCAGCUGCUGGCUGGCACUCUGCAGUUAUUACAGCCGAAGGAGAUCUCUACACUUGGGGUUGGAAUACAUUUGGUGAAUUGGGUCUUUUAAAUUCCGAAAAACAAGUCAUUCCUUUACCAACUGUAGUCGAUUUUGAAAAUGAAGAAAAAAUAAUUUUUGAAACAAAUGUAAAACGAGUCCAAUGUGGAAAUAAUUUUACUAUUUGUUUAUUAGCCGAUGGAACUUUUUGGGGUUGUGGCUCUAAUAAAUUUGGACAACUUGGAAUAUCUAUAGAAAAGUUAACAGAAUCGAAAAAAUUUAUUCAAUUAGAUGUUAAUGAAUAUUUAGAUACAAAAUUUAUAAAAGAUUUUAAAUGCAAAGAAUGGGGCUUCUGUUUAAUAUGUGAAUGAAUAUAAAGAUAAUUCUGACGAAUUUUUAUCAGAAAUUUUA